ACGACAUCGUUCCACGGCCUCAUCGUCGCAGCCACUACAUACACAAACUCCGUCGCCGACAAUGAUAUCCCUCCACGACCUCGACGUCGCAGCCACUACAUACAUAAAUUCCAUCACCGACAAUAACAUCCUUCCACGACUUCGACGGUGCAGGCACUACACACAUAAACUCCAUCGCCGAUAACGACGGCAUACGAACCACCCCUUUCCACAGCAUCCUCGACAGUAGAAGGCGCUAGACUCCCCUGGCGCUCUUCACGAAGUGGGGGAGCGAGUCCUUGCGCGUCGCCUGUCCUUACUGCCCAGGUACCUAGUUUAUAAGGCCGCGUUGGGUUGGACAGCCUGGAGCUCACCGUCAAGCGAUCCUGUCGUGUCGUAGCACGAAAACCGACACCUCAUCCUCGUACGAUGAUGAUAAGCUGCUCGAGUUUUGGGCUUGUUAAACUCGCCGACCUCGAGAAUAAUUGCGGUACCCUUCUCCGACAGCGCUUUCGCCCCCCCGUAAUUACUUGUCAUCCUACACCGCAUCUCUAAGUUGAUCAGAUCGGCCGACACCGUCAUGUUUGGAAGUUUGUUUGCUCGGAAGCCCUUCCCUAUCCCCGUCCCUGCUCCCGCCCGCGCUGUAACCGUCAGCAGCGAGGACCCGUUCAAUAUAGCCGCGGAGGCCGCCGCCACCAUCAGCCUACUGGACGAGGCCGCCUCCCGGAUCAAGGCCCGCCACCGCCGCCACCGCCGCCAGGACGCCGCCUCCGCCGUCAGCCUGAUUGACGAGGCCGCUUCCUGGAUCAAGACCCGAUGCCACAGCCACCGCCGCCAGGAUGCCACCUCCGCCGCCGUUAUCACUCCCGGCACGACGUUCGAAGUGGCAGCAGCAGAUCUCGGCCGGCACGAUGAGAAACUCUGCACUAUCCGGGACCUCGUCAUCCGGACCCGGCUUAGCCCGAACAUGCAGACCCCCCCCGUAGCUAACGCGCUGGUGCUGCUCCAGUCCGCCGUUAAGGGGCUGGUAUCUAUUUCGGGCACGGCCUCGUUCGAACAGCUAGCUACCGCCAUGGAUAAGGUGGAUCGGGCAGCAAAAGACCUCCGGCAACGGUUGACGGGCGAUAUUCCUAUGACCGUUGGAAACGUAAUAGAAGGGUAUUACCAAAUUGGCGCGGCUAUCGGGGGAUCCCGUAGGGACGGGCCCUUAAUUAUCGAAGCUAGGGGAAAUAAGGCUACCAAUACGGUUCAAAUUAAUGCCCCCGUAUUUGGAGAUCCCGCCGCCCUUGCGCAGAUUUUUACGGCGCUGCAAGGCUCCGGGCGAUAAUAGUAUUAUUAUACCAGUUGGGUUACGUAAUCAACGACGUGAUCCCUGCACGUGCACCUGCCCCCACCGGUCCGCACAGGCCCUGCGCCG